GGUCAGUACAGUACAGGAUUGGCCAAAAGACUGUUGCCGAUAGAGGGAGCCGGACCAACUGUCCGUUGCAAGACGACAGACACAAACUGCAAGCACAUCUGGACUGCUGAAUAGGGUACAUCAUGUGGCAUGCCAGACGGACCCACCAACAACACGCUCAUUUGGAACACAGCUUUCAAUGAAGACUCGCCAACCUCAUUUCAAAAGUAUAGGCACACAGAAAACUGUUUCCUGCACUGAUGUUGGCACCUCAGCUCUUCUGCCAUUUCUUACAUCAACACCUGUAAAGAGACCAAGUAAGAGACGUUGCAUAGAACUGGAGGAGGAGGAAGAGGAGAACCCUUUAGGAGGCAGUUCUGUUGACGUCGAGGAGCUACAUGAUUCAACAUAUGACCCUGCAGACUCUGCCACAACCUUGACCGAGUCAGCAGAUGUGACAAUGGAAUCUUCUACCCCUGUCCAUAAGACUCCAACUUACAUUGUGUAUGAGAACUGCCUAAUGGAGCUGUUUCAGGUGUGCCCUGUGUGUCAGCGUGAAUGUGAUGUGCGGACAAGAAAAUUGGACACGUUUCUCUCUGUAGAACAACGGUGCCUGCAUUGUGACUUCUACAGAAAGUGGAACAGCCAGCCUCUUGUUGGGAGCACUCCUGCUGGGAACCUGCAGCUGUCCACUGCAGUGUAUGCUACUGUUGCCUCUUUCUUUAAGCUUGAAAAGAUCUUCCGGGCAAUGCAGUCGAAGAUGUUUCAGUAUGACUCAUUUCGAAGGCAUGCUCGGAUGUACAUAGAGCCCGCGAUUGUACACAGGUGGAAGAUGGCACAGACUGCAAUGUUGGAGCAGCUCAGUCAGCACCAGAAUGUCGUCCUCGGUGGUGACUUGAGAGCAGACUCACCAGGACAUUGUGCCAAGUUUGGCAGCUACACAAUGAUGGACAUGAGGAGUAACACUGUUAUUGAUUUACAGCUGGUUCAAAGUAAUGAGGUUGGUGGAAGCUAUCACAUGGAGAAAGAGGGCCUGAAGAGGAGCCUUGCUUCUGUAGUAUUGUGAUGGACUGUCACCCCCAAAUCCAGAAGUUCCUGAGGGAGGCCAAUGUCAUGCCUUACUACGAUGUGUGGCACAUGGAAAAAGGACUGUCCAAGAAACUGUUGAAGAUCUCACAGAACAAGGAGUGUGAGAAACUAAAGAAGUGGCUUCACAGUAUAAAAAACCACAUCUACUGGACGGCUGCUUCCUCUACAUCGGUGCCAGAGAGAACAGCAAAGUGGAUGUCCAUUCUGAACCACCUCGGGACAUCCACACCCAUGAAGAUCCUGUUUUCCCCCAGUGUUUGCAUCCAACCCGCACUUCAAGGGACAAGACCAAGUGGCUGACAACAGGAACACCUGCCUUCUGCAGACUGGAGAAAGUGCUGACCACCAAGAGGGUCCUCAAAGAUGUGGGGAAGCUUAGCCCUCAUUACCAAACCUCAUCGCUGGAGUCUUUUCACAGCGUCAUUCUACGCUUUGCACCUAAGAAUGUAGUCUUUCCUUUUCUUGGAAUGCUGUGCAAACUAUACCUGGCAGCCCUGCACUUCAAUGAAAAUGCAGACCGUCCACAGGCAACAACCUCAGCUGGUUC